AGAUAGUUAUGGGGAGAUAGGCUCGUGCGGCUUCUUUAGCUGUGUUGUUGUUGACAACUAAAGAUUGUAGAGGGUUUUUUAACCGUCUUGCUGAACCUAAACCCACGGAUACAGUAUGUCUAAUGGCGAGGACUCGGCGGGACGUGAGGAGGAGCUAGUUCUUCCUCUCGAUGUGAUUCCUCUUCAAUGGCCCAACUGUGACGCCAUGUGGAGUGAGGAACUCAGGCUGGUCCUCAUCGGGAAAACUGGAUCGGGCAAGAGUGCGUCUGGAAACACCAUCCUGGGCAGAAGGCACUUCCUGUCACAGCUCAGUGCCAGUUCUGUCACGGAGGUGUGUGAGGUUGGGAGCAGGGAGCUCGCUGCAGAGGAGGCUGUCACGCACAGCAGGAUGAAGAGAGUCACGGUGGUGGACAUGCCAGGUUUUGGGGACACUCGGCUCAGUGCAGAGCAGAUUCAUGCAGAGGUUGCCAAAUGUGUGGCUCUCUGUGCUCCUGGUCCACAUGCGUUCCUCCUGGUGGUGCCACUGGGACGAUAUACAGAGAGUGAAAACCAGGCAGUUUGUGAAAUGACACAAAUAUUUGGAGAGGCUGCAGUUCGCGACCACACAGUGAUUCUUUUUACCAGAGGUGAUGACCUGGGUAGUGUAGAUAUAGAAGAGUACCUGACCAAGACUGCACCUGCUGAGCUCAAGGCUCUGAUUGACAGGUGCGGGAGCAGGUACCAUGUCUUGAACAACAGGGAAACCAGUAACACAGUGCAAGUUAAAGAACUUCUAAUGAAGAUUGACAGGAUGGUGCAGCAGACGGACACAGGGUUUUAUACCAAUGCUUUGUUUUUAGAGGCUGAGGCUGCCAUCAGGGAGGAGCAGAGAAGUAUGAUGAGAGAGCGAGAAGAAAGGGAUGGAGAAGAUGAGGUGGGAAAUAGUAACAGCAUGGAGGAAGAGGCCCAUAUUCUAAAAUGGAGAAAGUGUGACAGAGGGUUCAAAAGAAAAAGAGGCAGUGGAAGUGGACCACCGAGACUCUGCAGGAGUGAGGUGGAGAGAGGAAGCGAUGAGGAUUUUAGAGUGGAAAGGGGGAAAAGACGCUCUCUUUUUAGUGUCGUCCGGGACAGAGUUAGGACCACAUUAUUUGGCAGCACCAGCACAGCAGUGGACAGACGAUGUUUGCACUGUUCAUGCAUGGUUCAGACCAGAACAAGGGCAGCGCUCUCCCCUCGUGUACUACAGAGAGUUAAGACCCUGGUAGCUGCUGGAGCUACAGGCCUGGCGGUCGGAGCAAUGUUCGGAGCAGCCGUUCCAUUAGCAGCUGCAGCUGGGGCAUCUUUGGUGGGAAAUUCAGUGGGUUUUGCUGCAGGUCAACUGGCUGGAAUGUCUGUAACAGGAGGGGCAGGCGUGGGGAAAGCUGUCGGGGCUAUAGUGGCAGCAGCAUCAGGAAAAACUGCACUGGCCCUGGGAGCAGCAACAGGUGGGGUAAUUGGUGGUUCGGCUGGAGCCCUUAUUGGCACAACAGCUGCUAGUCCAAUGGAAGGUGCGCUAGACACCCUUGGGCAGGUCAGCACCAUCGGGGUCACUGCUGUUGGCGUAGCGACAGGAGUAGGUGCGAGCCUGGGAGCUGGUGCUGCUUUAAGUACAGUUUUUCAGGGAGCAGGUAUUGUGGGACCUGCAGGUGUUGCAUUAGAGACAGCUGCAGCAGAGGCUGCUAACAUCCCAGUAGUAGCCACUAACGUUCCAGCAGUAGCCGCUAACGUCCCUGCAGUAGUCGCUAACGUUCCAGUAAUAGCCGCUAACGUCCCAGCAAUAGCCGCUAACGUCCCAGCAGUAGCCGCUAACAUCCCUGCAGUAGUCGCUAACGUCCCAGCAGUAGCCACUAACGUCCCAGCAGCGGUCGCUAACGUCCCAGCAGCAGUCGCUAACGCCCCAGCAGUAGCUGGUUCCCCUGGUGUUGUACCAACGACAUCAUCAACAUGCAUUUUGUCUGCAGUAACUGAGAUAAGCAAGGCUGUAACAGCCGCUGCUCUUGCUGGUGGUUUGAUGGUGAAGGUGGUGAAGGAAAAAGUCAGAUCUGGAACAUCAGAAACAGACUACUCGGAGAAAAUGUCCUAUGAGAUUCACUUGAACAAAUAGAUUCAGGCAAAGCAGUUCUUUUCUGUCAACCAUCAUUCAGUUUCACCCAUAUAUCUGAUAGAAUUUUACAGGAGUUUAUAUCAGAGGUGGCAAUUCAAAAAACGUGUUGAUGAUUCCAAAUCAGGAUUAGAGCGUUUUACUGUAGCACAGAAUGAAAUAUAAUGACAGUGAUGACGACUGAAAUGCUUUUUUAUUGUGAUUAUUUACAAUUUUUAAUAUGUUGAAGUGAUAUUUCAUGAGGGUUAGAAAUACAAAUUGAAUAUUUUUCUUCAUAAAGGAGAAUGUUGCCAAGAUGUUUUAACAUAUAUCAAAGUAAAGACAUAUAUAUAGUCUUGUAUUUUUAUAAAUUAUGUUCAACUGAAUAUUUGCAAUGUGUGACUGAAUUUGAAUAUUUCACAUUAGUGUUUGAUUGUUGUUUGAAUGUGAAAAAAAAUUCUGAUCAUGCUUGAGCACUUUUGUCACAUCAGCACUUGAUUUGUUCACUUGGGUUUGCAGUAAAUGAUGAAUAAAGGCUGCAUUCAUUCAUCA